AUGAACCGAACGGUGCCCGCCGCUCCUUUUGCUGCCAUUGCUGGCGUUGCCGCUUUGCUCGCCUACGUGCGUGCGCGUCUCCGCCGCGGCCACCGGCGUGAGGAUGCGCGGCUGGAGGACGGGGCGGGGCGGAACAGCUUCGAUAACAGCUUGCCUUCUCGGCUCGAGAUCCUCGCGCACUACUGGAGCUGCCCUCGGCUCACUCUGCGCGCGCCCGUCGGCGCUCUCAAGGGCUGGGUGCUGGCGACACUUUGGCUCGAGCUCGCACUCUUCACGGCCCCCGAGCUGUGCGUCCUCGCCGUUCCCGAGGUCGUUGAGCUGUACUCCGGCGUGCUCCCGUACCGCCAGGACAAGCCCGACCUGCCGCAUCUGGUCGAGUGGCUGCUGCCCGGCAUGGCCUCUGCGAGUGUGCACGGCUCAACGUCGAUGGGCGACUGGAUGGGCGGCCCUCCGUCGCCGCUGGUAGCGUCGCGCGUGACGUGGCUGAGGUGCGUGCGCCAGGCCCUCCUGGUGGGCUGGAUCCUCUUCUUGCUCAUCCCUCUCUCGGACUGGCCGCGGGCAGCGACGGCCGCCUUUGCAACUGGCGCCGCCGCCUAUUUCCUACUCGGCACGAUCGGGCUCCUUUACGACCCUUGCCACAACAUCCAGGCGGACGCACCCAAUAUCCGCGACCGGGGGCACUGCGCACUCUCCGCCUCCCUCCUCUUUGUCGUUGUCGCCGCAUUCGCCGUGCCCGACUUGGCCUCCAACCCUCGCAGCGCGGCGUGGCUCCGCCACACAAGUCUUGUGGCGGUCUUGGUCCCGGUCUACCUCUUCUCGGGCAUCUCCAAGGUGCGAUACAGCGGCGAUUGGCUGUUGGCGGUGCGUGGAGACAAGUACGGGCUCGGCGACGAGAAGGUUGUCCGCGCACCGUUGGCCGAGGUCUCGCUCUACAUCGCGCGCAGCCCGUGGCUCUGUAUGCUCUUCUCCUGGGGAAACCUCCUCGUCGAGCUCGCGCUGCCGGUCGCGCUGCUCUACCUCCUCGCGAGGCGCGAACGCGGCUGGCGGCUCCGAGUCGUCCUCCCUCUCUUCGUGUUCGGCGCCUUCGGUUUCCACGCGAGCAUCCUCCUCCUGAUGGGGCCCAACUUCCUCCGCAUGUUUCCGCUGCUCGUCCUGGCACACUAA